AUCAGUAAAGAGAGACGCACAGACGAUCAGACUGAGUUCAGACCAAACUAGCAGCUUCCUCUGAGUGAGUCCAGCUACAGGAGAGAAAAGUGGAAAAUUCCAACACUGCUGCUUCAAGCUGCUGACGCUCCACACACUGAAUCUUCACUCACAGACUCAAUGGCUUCCAGAUCAGAGGAGGAUCUCUGCUGUCCGGUCUGUCAGGAGGUCUUCAGAGAUCCUGUUAUUCUGUCAUGUAGCCACAGCUUCUGUAAAGACUGUCUGAAGAGAUGGUGGAGAGAGAGACCAACACACCAGUGUCCAGUUUGUAAGAAAAUAUCAGUGUAUGAUCCACCUUUAAACCGAGCUUUAAAGAACCUGUGUGAGUCGUUCUUACAGGAGAGAGAUCAGAGAGCUUCAGAGGAUCUCUGCAGUCUGCACUCUGAGAAACUCAAACUCUUCUGUCUGGACCAUCAGCAGCCAGUGUGUCUCGUCUGCAGAGACUCAGAAAAACACACCAAGCACAGAUUCAGACCCAUCGAUGAAGCUGCACAACGACACAAGAAGAAACUUCAGGAAACUCUGGAGCCCUUAAAGAAGAAGUUAAAGGUUUGUGAAGAAGUUCAAGUGAAGUUUGAUCAAACAGCAGAACACAUUAAGGUCCAGGCCCGACACACAGAGAGGCAGAUUAAGGAGCAGUUUAAGAAGCUUCAGCAGUUUCUAGCAGAGGAAGAGGAGGCCAGGCUGGCUGCACUGAGGGAGGAAGAGGAGCAGAAGAGUGGGAUGAUGAAGGAGAAGAUUUGGAUCCUUAUUGACAUGACAGCACCACACAGCUGCUCCAGAUGCUGCAGGAUGCUGGUCAGGGCUCUAAAAGUCAAACUUUUAUGUAUGGGUUAACUAAACUAACCCUCUGCUUCUAAAAGAAAUAUUUUCAUAAAAUACUGACCGAUGAUCAUUUGCCACACAUUAUUUCAGGGUUUAACAGUCUUGGUCCUAAAUCCUUGUACUGGAUAACUGGUGACCAAACAACCUUUUUAUAUCUGUGCUGGGCAGGCUGAAGGACAAGUGAGUGAGGUGUGAAAGAGGUGACUGACAUGGGUUAGUGACACGGGGGUUCAUAAUGUUCACAAUGGUAUUUUAUUAGUUGUUGGUUUAACCAUGGAUGAGGCGAUGGCUGUUAUUUUCUUUUCAAUCACGUUACAUGUUCAUUGCUGGAUUUAUGGAAAAACAUCAACUAAUACUGCAUGU